AUGCCUCGACCCAAACGUGCGGCGCCCGGUGGUGGAGCCAGUCCUUCCUCAAUCGGCCAAAACGGCAAACAAUCCAAAAAGGCAAAGACGGCAACGACGUCGAGAGCGGCAAGAACGACCAACGGAUCACCGACAGCCCCCCUGAGCCAGCCAGGCCCAUCGUGCGCUGGCGAGCAACAUGGCAUCAUUCUCCGGCAAUACUAUCCGGCGGAAAUGUCAACGGCGCGCGCACAGGCGUAUGCCGACGGCGAGCUGACAACGCCGAUGCAGGCCCUGGACGCUGCCAUCGACGAGACCGCAGCACAAAUGCGCCGGGUCGAUGCCCCCAGCAGGACGAGCCCCGUCGUCCAUUGGUUCAAGUCGGAUCUGCGGGUGCACGACAACCGCGCCCUCCAUGCAGCGGCCACCUUGGCCCGCGACAACAGAGCCCCCCUCAUCUGCCUCUACGUGGUCAGCCCGCAGGACUGGGAGGCCCACAGCACGGCGGCUGUGCGCGUCGACCUGGUGCUGCGGACGCUGGCCGUGCUCAAGCGCGACCUGGCGCAGCGCAACGUGCCCCUGUGGAUCGAGACGGUGGACGACCGCCGGCAGGUGCCGCGGCGCAUCCUCGCCACGAUGGGCGCGUGGGGCGCGCGGCACCUGUUUGCCAACCUCGAGUACGAGCCCGACGAGCUGCGGCGCGAGGCCCGUCUGCUGCGCAUGGCCGCGGCCGAGGGCCGGUCGGUGGCCGUCGUCCACGACACGUGCGUCGUCCCACCGGGCCAGCUGGUCAGCGGCAGCAGCGGACGCACGUACGCCGUGUACACGCCGUGGUUCCGCGCGUGGAAGCGGUACAUCCACGACCACGAGGACGUGGUCGACCUGGUGGGCGCGCCCGCCAAGGUGCUCGACAGCGUGUGCGACGCGCUACCCACAGCACUCUUUGCCUGUCCCGUGCCCGGCGCACCCGCGGGACAGGCGCUGGCGAGCGACGACGAGCGCGCCCGUUUCCGCGACUUGUGGCCGGCGGGCGAGCAGGCGGCCGCGGCGCGUCUCGCGCGCUUCUGCGACGACCACCUGCGCGCGUACGCGCGCGACCGCGACGUGCCGGCCGCCCGGGCCACGUCCGCCCUCUCGCCGUACCUGGCCACCGGCUCGAUCAGCGCCCGCACCGUCGUCCAGACCGCCAGCGACCGCGCCGGCGCGCCGUCGCUCGACGGCGGCAGCGACGGGUUCCGCGUGUGGGUCAGCGAGGUCGCCUGGCGCGACUUUUACAAGCACGUCUUGGUGGGCUGGCCGCACGUGGCCAUGCACAAGCCGUUCAAGCCGGCCUAUGCGAACGUGGCCUGGGCCGCAGAGGACGACAACGACGGCAGCAACACCAGGUUCAUGGCAUGGACGGCCGGCCGCACGGGCUACCCGUUUGUCGACGCGGCGAUGCGGCAGCUGCGGCACGAGGGCUGGAUGCACAACCGCAGCCGCAUGGUGGUGGCCUCCUUCCUAGCCAAGGACCUGCUGGUCGACUGGCGCCGCGGCGAGCAGUGGUUCAUGCGGCACCUCGUGGACGGGGACGUGGCGAGCAACGUGGGCGGCUGGGGCUUCGCGGCGAGCGUCGGCGUCGACCCGCAGCCGUAUUUCCGCGUCUUCAACCCGACGCGGCAGAGCGAGCGGUUCGAUCCGGAGGGCGCAUACAUUCGGCAGUGGGUGCCCGAGCUGCGGGCCAUCGAGGACAAUGCGGCCAUUCACGAGCCCUAUGCACGAGGCGCAGGGGAUGCGGCACACGAGGCUGGCUAUCCCGAGCCCAUCGUCCACCACAAGGAGGCGCGGGAGGCAGCCUUGUCGGUGUACAAGAGGGCACUGGGGCGGGAGUAA